AUGUUUCCCUUAUCUGUGUCGCCCAUCUCGGUGGGUUCGAACGUCUUUUUCGCAUUUGCCCUCUUCCUCAUCUCCGCACUUGUGUUACUUCUCCUGCGACGGUUUCUCACCCUCCGGGCCACCCCCGCGUAUUUAAUUGUCCCUAUAUUCCUAGCUCUAGCUCUGCCAGCUAGUGUUGUGCUUUUGGUCCCCAUCGAUUUAGCAUCCAGUUCGCGGGAUGGAUCCGGUCCCAAAGCAAUCUGGCUACCGGAACGAAUGGUUUUGGUCUGCUGGCGCAUUGCCUACUGGUUAAUCUUUGUUCUCACCUGGGUUAUCCUCCCAUUACUCGGUGAAUAUGUCGACUCGGGCUACCGUGAACCGAAAGGCCGGCUUAUGUACUCUCUCCGAUCGAACGCCAAAUACCAGAUGAUUGUUCUGGGAUGUGCUCUGGUAGGGUUGAUCUACGUUUCAAUCUCGAAUGGCUUCGAAUUCACAUCCAUCAAAGGUCUCGUCAUGGCAUUGGCAUAUGUGUGGGGUCUCGUCCUUGCCAUUUACCUCAUGGGUCAUGGGCUUGUUUCGAUCCCGCGCAAUCUGCUCCGAAACUCCAAUGUAAGCGGUCGGCUACGCAGACUCCAGGCCCAUGCGCCCAAGGUGCACGAUCGCCUGAUGGACUCGGUCAAUGAGUUAGCGAAUCUCAAUGGCCAGGUUUCGCAACUACAACGCCGUAAGACGGGAACCGCUCGUGACUUCCAGGAAUGGAUUGAAGAGCUUCGGGAAGGCCACGGCCAAUCCGACGUGCGCGCCCCGAUCCUCGAGUCACCCGAUACAUCCGCAACGAUACCUUCUGUCAUCACGGAACGCUAUCUGGCCGACCUUACACGGCGGCUUCAGCGUGCUCGGCAUAUGAAGACCCGAUUUGUAGACGAGUGGGAUCGGCUAGUCCAAUUAUCAGCCGAUCUGCAAGCCAUCAUUAAUUCUGCAGCUUCAAAGAAGCUGGAAUUUGCACCGGCUCCACGUCGGUCAUCCUGCAUCCCUCGUGUGAAAUUCCUCACCCCGUAUAUGCGGUACCAGCUGUAUUCCAACGUCAUUCCCUCGGUUCGGUUGGCCUUAGGUGCAUUCUUCGCAGUGGCAUCAGUCUGCAUUGUUUGGUCGGAAAUGAUCAAGUCUUUGGCGCCCCAUCUCUCUGCCGUGAGUUUGACCGUGGUGCCUCACUGGAAGGACAAUCCAGUUGGCUUUGGUGGUCAACUCACUGCCUCUGCCUGGCUAUUGUACAUGUGUUCGGCGGCUCUCGUUGGUGUCAGUGAUGUCAAGGUAUGGGGAAACCGCGCGCUUGUCCGUCGUAAUACAUAUGGUGAGAGUGCCUGCUGGUACGCCGGUCUUGUGGCUCGGUUGACAGUACCAAUUGCGUACAACUUCUUGACCUUCUUGCCAAAAGAGUUUAGGCGAACGACUACUUUCUACCAAUUCCUUGGUAAACUCAUCAACCUGACCCCCCUCGGGAAAGGCUUUGAUUUCAUCUUCCCAAUCUUCAUUCUCCUGCCUAUCUGCGCAACAAUGUUCAACCUGUACGGGCGUAUCAAAAACAUCUUCGGGUGCGGCCUUGCAGAGGACGAUGAUAUCCACGAUGUCGAAAACAACCCUGCCGGGUAUGGCAUGGGUGGCUGGCGUGAGGGUCGCGACCUCAUUGAACGGGAAUUGAAUGGCUUCGGUUCUCUGGCGGUAUCCUCCCGUGGUGGUCGCUCAACGUGGGCGUCGGAUCGUGAUGAUGAAGGUUCCCCUGGGUCAUCCAGACUGCGGCUCCCGGUUGCAGAGGGCUCCCAACCUGCCCAGAGGACAGUUGUUGCGCCUACUAUUGUAGAAGGCGAGGAUGAGGAAGACGAGGGCUUCUUCCAGUCCUUUGCGCAUCGUGUCAAAAACACAUUUGAUACUACCAGCACUCCUCGGUGGUUCCAGGGUGAGCCAUUCCGACUUCCGCGCUGGAUGUCGGGUGAUAACAAUCCCACAGAAGAAGCUUCGGCACUAUUCGGAGGUCGGGACGUGCCUGGUCGUCUGCGCCUAGGUUGA